AUGACUUCACCGUCGAUUUCCGUCUUCCGUACCGCCUGGCGGCUCUGGCACGCGACAACCCCUCCCCCACCUUUCCUCUCCGCACAACCAUUCGCUACCUAUUUUUCAUCGAGAACACCCUCCCAAUGCCUCAAAUCUCCUAAAUACGUAUUAUCCCGUGGAUUUGCAUCCGGAGUAUUCGCCUGGAGUAGCUUGCCUUCGAAGGCUUCUGAGACAACGGCUGCGGUGGUUAGCUCUUGUAGUUCGAAUGCUACAAUUGAUAGAGUCGGGAAUGGGGUUAACGGUCGGAGGAAACUGAGGGAAGGGGUUAGAACGGGGAUUUUGGUACCGCUUGCGAGGUCGGUGUGGAAACGUGGGGUAUGUACGGAUUGUAGGAAGGAUAGGAUACUACGCAUGUCCCGUCGGAGUGCGAGUUCGAAAUCAUCGUCAUCACCAUCGUCUGGGAAGAAUAAUGGGAUGGGAAGGAGUGGGAGAGGGAAGGAUAGGAGUGGGAAUGGGAAUGGGAAUGGGGAGAAAGAAUAUAGAGAUUAUUCGAAGGGUUCUACUAGGCCGAUACAAUCCCAGAGGCAUGAUAGGAAUAUCGAGAGAGGAGGAAGGUCUGACGUCACACCAGAUGUGCCGAAACGUCUUCCUCUUCCACUUCCUUCUCUUCCCGCCCCUGCAAGCUCGGAUCCGAAACUGCCUUCUGGGGACGAUAAAAACAAUUCAUCACUGGCGGCAUCGGCGUACCAUGCUAUUGCUAAACGUGCCGCCAGAGAUCACGGUUUUAUGGAACGUUUGCCUUUGAUCCACCGCCCGAGCAAAGAAGAACUUUUGGCUGCUGCUUCCUCGGCUUGGGACCGUCUGCGUAUCCGCUUCAAAUGGCUUACGAUCCGACAAAUACGUCCGUUUAACAUGGAUGAGAUAUCUGCCUUUUUCUCGUGGAUCAUAUUGGGGAACCUUGCGUGGAUCAUCCUGGGUACCACUACUUUCUUCUCAAUAGGAAUAUGGCUCGUCAAUACCGUCUUCGCUCAGGAAUACCUCGCAAAGGUUGUGGGAAAUUAUUUGACACAAGAAAUGGGUAUGAAAGUAGUUUUCGAAUCUGCUAUCGUACCGAGAUGGAAAGAUGGAUGUAUAUCCUUUAAGAAUGUCUUUGUAUCUCGACGACCCGGAAUCUUGAAAGGUACGAGCGUACAAAAGGGGUCUUCAUCUGUUGCCGCCGCUGCAGCUGCAGCUGCAGCAUUCUCCGAGGACCAUAGCGGACAUCCGUACGAAGAGGAUGAUGGGAAUUACACCCAAUUCGAUGUUACUAUCAAUACCGUCAACGUCACCAUCUCCCUCGCAAAAUGGAUGAACGGCCGUGGUCUUCUAGUAGAUGUGGACAUGAAGGGUGUUCGUGGUAUCAUCGAUCGCACGCAUCUACUGUUCGACGAAGAUGUAGAUCCACGUUCGUAUCGACAUAAAUACGCCCCCGGAGACUUCGAACUGGAUCAUUUCAAACUUGAGGAUUUGUUGGUUACUGUUUACCAACCUGGAGGGUUUAGGCCGUUCCAUGUUAGCAUCUUCAGCUGUGACCUACCGGUUUUGAGGAAGAGGUGGUUGUUUUAUGAUUUUUUGAGCGCGAAUCAUGUUAGUGGGAGUUAUGAUGAUUCGUUGUUUACGUUACACCCUAGGCAGAGUCAUGGGACCACGGCUGCUACUACUACUACAGCGGCGAUUGGGGAUGCGGAUGGAGGGCAAGAAGGGGUUUAUCCGUGGAAGAGGACUAGUAGGUUCAGGAUCGAUGGAUUGAGAUUCGAUCAUUUGAAUAGAGGGUAUGAAGGACCCUUGAGCUGGAUUGUAGCUGGGAAUUUGGAUAUCAUAGCGGAUAUUCACUUCCCUGAGGAUUCGGCGGAUGGGAUUGGGAAGUUUAUGCACGACGUGAUGGAGAAGAUGGAAGCGGGGAUCAAAACGAGAAGGGAGAAGGUGGAAGGGUUGGUAAGGGAGAGGGAUCUAAGUGUUGAAAGUGUCACUGGCAUCAUUGGUGCGGCGGUGGGACUUAAUGGGAAUGAAGAGGAAGGAAGGUUGAUGGCUAAUGUUGUCGGGUUGGAGGAUGAAAGUUAUCCGACGGGGAUGGCUAGGGAAGAAGUUAUCGAAGCGGUUAAUACGUCGAGAGAUGACAAUAAUGCUAUUACGACUACUACUACUUCUACAAAUACGGCAGCAUUAUCGUCUAAUGACAGGAAGUUCAUGAUGAUCGAUUUACACCUUGAGAUGAACGAUACCCGAGCGGCGAUUCCGUUAUUCACACAGGAUUUGUCGUAUAGUAAUAAUGCGCUGAUGAGGCCUAUUAUUGCGUAUAUCAAUAGCCAACGGACGAUUAUUCCGAUUAAUUGCAGGAUGGUGAAGAGGGUGAAGGAGUUCGAUGGGAGUUGGACGUUGUUUGAUAGUGGGUUGAUGGAUGAUUUGAGUGCUGAGGUUUAUGAUGCAUUCGUGAAAGAUAUCGCGGACGCGGAUAUUAAGAAGAGGAGGAUUAGAGCCGUUGGGCUGUGGAGUUUACAAGUGUUUAUGAAUGCCUUCUUGGCGGCUAUGGCGGGGACAAUGAUCGCUUAG